AUGUCGGACGACGAUGAUUUCAUGCAAGAUUCAGACGCCGAGUAUGACUUCGAGUACGAGGAUGAUGACGAGCCAGAGGGUGGUGAUGUUGAUAUCGAGAACAAAUACUACAAUGCUAAGCAGCUCAAGGCUGACAGCCCGGAAGAGGCGGUAGAAGAGUUCUUGGGGGUACCUUCGCUCGAGGAGACGAAAGGCGACUGGGGCUUCAAAGGUCUCAAACAAGCCAUCAAGCUCGAGUUCGCGCUCGGCCGUUACGAAGAUGCGGUCAAGCACUACAAGGAGCUCCUCACCUAUGUCAAGUCGGCCGUGACGCGCAACUAUUCCGAGAAGUCCAUCAAUAACAUGCUCGACUACAUCGAGAAGACGGCUUCGGAUCAGACGGCCUACAAGUGCAUGGAAGAGUUCUAUUCGUUGACUCUUGAGACCUUCCAGGCGACCAAUAACGAACGACUAGCCCUCAAAACAAAUGUCAAGCUUGCGAAGCUGUAUCUCGACAAGAAAGAGUACAACCAGCUCUCAAGCAAAGUCCGCGAGAUCCAUAAAGCCUGUCUGAGGGAAGAUGGCACGUCCGACCCCGGCAAAGGCACGUAUUCUCUCGAGGCAUAUGCGCUAGAGAUUCAGAUGUACGCCGAGAUGAAGAACAACAAGAGAUUGAAGGCGAUCUACCAGAAGGCGUUGACCGUCAGGUCUGCUGUGCCUCACCCCAAAGUCCAGGGUGUCAUCCGGGAAUGUGGAGGCAAGAUGCACAUGAGCGAGGAAAAUUGGAAAGACGCCCAGAGCGACUUUUUCGAGUCGUUCAAGAACUACGAUGAAGCGGGUUCCAUGCAGCGUAUCCAGGUCCUCAAGUAUCUGGUCCUCACCACCAUGUUGAUGAAAUCAACCAUCAACCCGUUCGAUUCCCAAGAAACGAAGCCGUAUCGAAAUAACCCACGCAUCUCGGCCAUGACUGAUCUGGUUGAUGCAUAUCAGCGAGAUGACAUCCACCGCUACGAAUCGAUCUUGCAUGACAAUCAGGACUUACUCGAAGACCCUUUCAUUGCGGAGAACAUUGAUGAGGUCAGCCGAAAUAUGCGCAGCAAGGCGGUCCUGAAGCUGAUUGCGCCGUAUUCUCGCUUCACCUUACGAUUCGUGGCCAAGCACAUCAAGGUCACGGAAAGUGAGGUGCAAGACAUCCUAGGCGUGCUGAUUGUGGACAAGAAGCUCAAGGCGCAGAUUGAUCAGGAGCAUGGCACAGUGACGGUAGGAGGCGAGAACUCGGAGCAUCUACAGCGUCUGCGUGAUUGGACCUCGGCUAUGGACUCUCUCUUCACUACCGUUCUCAACGAUGGUGAGGGAUUCAAGAUCAACGACAGCCAGUCUGCACCUGCUGGGGACAUUGCGUACUCGAGUCCAUUGGAGAGUAACAUUUCUCUUGCAGCCCGAACGCACGGCAAGAAGAUGGGAGGUCGAGGCCGUGGUGGAAAGGGUAUCAUGUCGUAUUGA